UUGCGCAGUGGCGAGAGGAGACCUACUAGGUUACACCGAUUGCCAAGCUAUCCAGUUAUAUAAUUAAGUAUUUAGCUGUGGCAGCGCUAUUGAUGUGAGACAGCGUGGAGCUGAGAGCGCCUAGUCUGUCUGCUGAGGGCACUGCAUCCACACGCAGCCUCCUAUGCUCCAUCCUUGGUAAGAUGCUACCAUGCCCCAGCUCGACAUUCCACUUUAAGAACAGAGUCUGCGCAAUGGGCUCCCGAGUUUAGCGGUUGGUCUGCGGUGAAAAUUAACCAGAGAGAAAAGAGGGAUACGAGGACCAUUCUUCCAAGGAAUAAAGAUACGCACAGAAGGACACAAGACUGGAAAUCAAAAGCAGACUGACUGAGGGGGGAAUUUGGGGACAGUCAUGGCGGGGGCGGGAGCGAAGGGAAGGAAAGCGGGGCUCCCUGGUUUUUGUUGGAAGACCUGUUAUUUUCACCUUUUAUUCUGGGUCGUUUCGCUAUGUGGUGAAGAGAAGACCUUCAUUGUUGAGACGUGGCUGAAGAACUAUGGCUACCUGCUCCCCCACAACAUCCGACUGUCGGACAUCCGGUCGGAGAAAGCCAUGCAGUCUGCUGUCGCUGCUAUGCAGCGGUUCUAUGGCAUCCCGGUGACGGGGGUGCUGGAUCAGACCACCAUUGAGUGGAUGAGGAAACCUCGGUGCGGGGUCCCAGAUCACCCAAGCAUCAGUCGUCGGAGGCGGAAUAAACGCUUUGCUCUCACUGGUCAAAAAUGGAGGGACAAACAGAUCUCUUACAGCAUACACAACUAUACACCCAAAGUGGGCGAGGCCGACACAAAGAAAGCAAUCCGUCAAGCUUUCGACGUGUGGCAGACGGUGACCCCUCUGACCUUUCAGGAGGUGGACUCCAAGGAGAUGAAGGCUUUGGGCAAGGAGGCAGACAUCAUGAUCUUCUUCGCCUCAGGGUUCCACGGUGACAGCUCUCCGUUCGAUGGCGAAGGAGGCUUUCUGGCCCAUGCCUACUUUCCUGGUCCUGGCAUCGGUGGUGACACACACUUCGACUCGGAUGAGCCGUGGACGUUAGGGAAUGCAAAUCAUGAUGGGAAUGACCUCUUCCUGGUGGCGGUGCACGAGCUGGGCCAUGCUUUGGGUCUGGAACAUUCCAACGACCCCAGUGCCAUCAUGGCGCCUUUCUACCAGUAUAUGGAGACGCACAACUUCAAGCUCCCGCUCGAUGACCUCCAAGGGAUCCAGAAGAUUUACGGUGUCCCCACCGCCAUGAUGGAGCCCACCCGGCCGCUGCCCACGCUCCCAGCGCGCCGCAGCGACAAGAAGCAUGACCGCUCCUCGCGACCCGCGCGCCCGCCUUCCCUUGACCGGCCGUCCAACGGCAAGCCCAAUAUCUGUGAUGGGAACUUCAACACGGUGGCUUUCUUCCGGAGGGAGAUGUUCGUCUUUAAGGACCGAUGGUUCUGGCGACUGCGGAACAACAAGGUGCAGGAGGGCUACCCGAUGCAGAUCGACCAGUUCUGGAAGGGCCUGCCACGCGGCAUUGAUGCAGCCUAUGAGAGAUCGGAUGGGAAAUUUGUGUUCUUCAAAGGUGACAAGUACUGGGUGUUCAAAGAAGUGACCGCUGAGUCCGGCUACCCACACAGCCUGGUGGAGCUCGGCACCAGCCUCCCUCAGGACGGCAUUGACACCGCUGUUCGCUGGGAGUCCGUGGCCAAGACGUACUUCUUCAAGGGCAACCAGUACUGGCGCUACAAUGAGGAGAAGAGGACGGUCGACACUGGCUACCCCAGGUCCAUCUCGGUGUGGAAAGGCAUCCCUGAGGCUCCACAAGGAGCUUUUGUCAGCAGGGAGGGAAUGUACACCUACUUCUACAAAGGAAAGGAUUACUGGAAGUUUGAUAACUCCAAGCUUUUCGCGGAGCCUGGCUACCCCAAGUCCAUUUUAAAAGACUGGAUGGGCUGUGACCAAUCGGACAUGGAGAAGAACAAAGACCGUCAGCUGCCCCACGAUGACGUGGACAUCAUGGUGGCCAUCAACGACGUUCCGAGCACCGUCAACGCCAUUGCCGUGGUGAUCCCUUGCAUCCUCUCCCUUUGCAUUCUGGUCCUGGUCUACACCAUCUUUCAGUUCAAGAACAAAGGAGUGCAGCAGCACGUCACCUACUACAAACAUCCAGUGCAGGAGUGGGUAUGACAGGCUAGGUAGCGCUAGCUGAAGGCUAACGGAUAGAACUGUUUGAGAGGGCUACAAAAAAAGAAACAACAAACAAACACUUUGGGUGCAUCAUGUGAUCAGUGCCUGCCUUUGCAAUCUAUUGUGAGACGGGGGGGAAGGAGAAGUCCCUUUGGAGUUUCGUACAACCCUCCCUCCCUUCCCCCCCUCCUCGAAGAAACCUUAAAAUGAUUGCCGCAAAAUUGUGUGUGUACCGUUAGCAUGAGCCGAUAAAAAGGAAAAACACUGAACACUGGGAGGCUCUGUCUUAGGAGAGAGAUGGAGCUGUCUUCCCAUUGGUAGGUCAUAUGCACCUGUUGUCCACCCGUCCACGCUUAUCUGGCUGUGUCACAUGGGGGCCAUAUGGCGACCUGCGUACUGUCUCUCCACCAGACUGCUGACAGACCUUGAGACGGAGCAUGCCUCACAGUCAGAUACCAGCAGUUCCUGUCUUAAUCCAACAUGGACUUGUACAUGAAUUUCAAAGUAAUAUCAAUUGUGAAACAAGAAGCGCAAAUCAAAUCUGAAAAAAAAGAGAGAAAAAAAAAAAAACUAAAUGUAGGUAGAAAUGCCAUAGAAAAAGAGAGUGACAAAAGAGUUUUAAAAAUCAAGGAUUUCUGUGGAACAGUUUUAAGAUUUUUCAUUUACGGAGUGACCUUGAGUUAAGGCUGAGAAAGACAUUUUUAUGGUUUGCUCUCUGUUCACCCAACUUGUACUGCACAGCACUGGCACAGUCGUGCACAUUGGCCAGUGGACAGGGAUCAGGCUGCCUGCGAACUCUGACCCCACACACACUCAGCUUAUUCCGUGGAGCGGGGAGAAGACUCCUCUGCCUUGAGAUCACUUGGAAGUUUUUAAUCACUGAAAGUCUACCAAUUUAUAUCUUUUUAUUUAUUUAUUUGCUUUGCCUCUUUUCUGGUAAUAAAUGUCAGUGCUCUGAUUUCCUAUGUAACUAAUGUAAAUCGAACGUCUACUGUAAUUACUUAUUGUUACAGUGUUACAGCAUUGGAAUGGCUCUGUAACAUUCAGGCAAACCACAUCCCUUUCCUAUUAAGGUAUUUCCAGGCUUUAAGUACAGUGUAACAGUAAAUAAUUGCAGCAUGCGUUGCGUCACACUCACUGAAAUAAGUGCUCAGGAGGAGAGAGACAAUAGGACCAUUUUUCCCUUUGAUUUCCUAUUUCCCCACAUAUAAAGGCACGCAACAGCAAUCCACAUUGACAUUUCCGUCUGAAAAAGAAAAAAGACUGAAAAACAAAA